AUGAGAUUAAAAUCCCAUGACAAGGCAAUCGAUUUGUGGGAAACAUUGGCCGUGAGCGAUAAAAUGGGCCAUCAAAUUCUGAUAUUCGUCGUCCUUUUGGCUUUUCCUGUCUUCAGCAAGGUAUUCCUUCAUAUUUCGGCUAUGUUUUCACAAUAAUAUUAUCUUCUAAGGUUCCAAAAAAGAUUUGAUCAAAGGCGCACGAUAAUUUUUGAAUUUUGAGAACCCUUGCCUCUUUGUUUUUCGAAAUAUUUCUGAAAUUUUCAAAAAAAUUUGACCAUUUUCAUCGAAAUUGAUUAUGUUUUCCUUAUAUUUAAAUUUAGUGAAAUUUUCAGUUCCAAUGGCUUUCGGAAAAGAUAGCGACCCCGCGUUCUACGAUUCUCCUUCCACAGAAAUGCUACUUUUCUUCGGGGCCGGUUUUCUCAUAUUACUGCUCCUACGCCUCGCCGAAUCUCACAUGGGUGAGUAAUUUUCGACGAAACCAAGACAAUUAAAUAAUUCCAGCCGAAAAAAGAAUCCCUGGCCACACAGUUAUCGCGUGCUGAACGUCUGGUGCAGAGAAUCAAAGAUUUGGAGAAAAAUAAUAAACUUGUUGAGCGAAUCCUCAAUGAUACCAAUGUGCACAUUAAAGAGCAAGAAAAACAGCUCGGGGCCAUUUCGAAACUCCUCGGACAAUGA